UUUAGACUUGGCCCAUUUGACCUGGUUUCCUGUGAAGCAAGUUUUCAUGCAUGACGUCUGGCCUGCAGGAGACUGUGGUCCAUCUCCAUCCUUAUCACGUUGAGCAAGCAGGCUAUGAGCCGAGGAAUUGCGUCGCAUCAUCCAGGCCGGCCCCCCCAUCCCUCAUGCUUGGCUUUCCAUGUGAUUCGUAUUUCACAGGCGCGCAAGGGAUCAAGCAGCAUGGGUGUGGGUAAUAAGGGAAUGGCCAGCGUGCUCUGGUGAUGAUGGUAAUUAUCUGGGUCAAAACCUAUCAACUGGCUUCAAACUAUUCUCUGCCUUGGAUGAAGAAUAUGGCGCCGCCCCAAGUGAGGCACAUGCGGGUGGAUAUAGUCGGCUUGACGAACCAGUCCGCCAGCGAGGAGCUGCAAAUAAACAAAACGCGAGGCAUUCAAGUCCCAGUGCCAACAGGCAGACAAGACCAAUUGGCAAGCUGGCCAUGCUGGAACACGCCCCCACAAGCCAUGCGCCUCUGCGCGCGUUCAGAGAACAAAGGGACGCGUUGGAGGGAGCUGUCUGGCAGGGGAGAGCGGUCCCUUUCCGUAGGUGCCGCCUUUGAGGGGGCAGAGCGGCAGUCCGAAAACAACCAAAAGGGAUGGCGACGGAAGCAUUCCAGCGGCGGCACGCCUCGCAUUCUUGCAGCUCCCUUCCCCCAAGUCCCGACAAAAACGGAAGGAAACAAGGGGGAGCCGGUCGAUCCAGUGUCCAUUCCUGCCAAUGAUUACAGGCAGUCUGGAAACAAACAAAGGGAGAGGGAGAGAGAUGGAGAGGGCCGGUGCUCGUGAUUUCUCGCUCCUUCCACUCACACUCAUACCUCCGCAUCGUUCACCUUCUCUGUAUUGCUUUCCUCCUUCUACCGCAUCACCUACGACGGCAAAGCUAGCGCUCGUACAGAACGCGCCAUCCAGGCUGCCCAGGAGAAGACCAUAACCGCAAAGACAAGCAAGAGACGAAUCCAAGCCGACCCAAAAUGUCUCGCGCAGCCGGGGGCGGCGGCUACGCUGCUUCCGGGACCACAACCCAGACGGCGAGGCUAGCCAGGGCGAGGGCGGCGGGGAUCGGAGGCCGAGACGCGCAUGAUGCCUCCAAGGAGCGGACGCCGCGAAACUGGGCGCCCCCGGCCUUCGCACCUGAUCCAGCAGACACCGAACGCACGCACCGCUUCUACGGCCAGGCCCAGCCGUCGGCCGGGGAGCGACUGGGUCACAUCUACAACUUCCUCGCUGACGAGGACCCGUUCACGUGCCCGGACUGGGAGGCCAAGGUGGUGGAAACCAUGGACUACAUCCACUUCCUCAAGACCAGCCCCAUGUCUUUCAGGAAGCAGACGCUCGACCUGCUUGAAAACGUGAGCGGGCAGCUGCAGUCGCACCUGGAAUUCAUCAAGCACACCUCGCGAGAUCCCGUGGAACCCAGGAUGCCGCGCCCGGAUGGCGUCAAGACGCCGGCGCUGAGCCUGCCGCCCAACCCGCGGAACAACCUGGGCCUCGUCCGCGGCGCCGGGGGCGUGCCGAGGGCGCGCAAGGUGCUCCACAGGCCGCCGACCAUGGUCAACAACCUGGUCGGCUACUUCCGCGACUCGGACUUCCACAUCAAGAAACUGGCCGCGUCGGAGGAUGCCAUGUGGUCGUCACGGCCGGCGUCAGAGAGCAACCUCGCCGAAGAGGAGCAGGCGCGGUACCAGCUGGGCCUGCUCAACCCGGGCAUGAACAGCGGGUGGCCGUCCAACAUGAGCGACUCGCCUGCGAGCUACGCCACGGUGCGCGGGCUGCGGCGUGCCGGUCUCCAGAUGUGCCUGAGCCAGCUGGACAGCAGCGAGAAUAGCUCGGUGCAGACGGUGUGGUCCCGGGUCGUGCCGCCCGCCAAGGCGUCGGAUCUCCUGAUCAUGCAGAAAUCGGCCAGCAGGAUCCAGUUCACGCCCAUCGCCAUCCCGCGCGAGGAGGCCAAGGACAGGGACGUGGGAGGCAGCCCGUACACGAGGCACAUGCACCACUACUGGCGCGUCUUCGACAGAUGGUGGGACGAGGCUCGUAAGAGCACGGAAGUAAAUCACGGCUCGUUCAGCGUGCUGGCGGAGGAGGGCGCUUCGGCGAGGACCAGGCAAGGGCAGUGGGUGGCGCUGCCCCGGCCGCGCGUGGCUUACGUCAACCACGGCCUGCCGUCCGCCGCCGAACACGCCCACCAGAUGCUCAAGGUCUGCAAGACCAUCUCUGCCCUGAUGGACCGCAGCUCCUUGGUGGCGCCGCGGCAGCUCAUAUUUCGCUGCGUCGAGCUUCGCGACCUGGGCCAGGAGGGCGGGGAGCCAUCUGCCGAGGUGCUGCGCUGGCGCGAUGUGGACAGGACCGAGAACGGUCGGCUCAGGCUCCUGAACGAGACCGAGCUGGGGUUCCUGCGUCUACUCACCCAGUCGUCAGUCAACCGGGAUAUGAUGCAGCAGCUGGGAGUCCAGGCACCGCUGUAUCUCGUGUUUGCCGACCGGCUCCAGAGGAUCCUCGACGACCUGUCCCCGGAGGGCCUGUUUCCGACCGACGAGAAGCAAGUUUCGGUGGAUGACUUGCUCAGCGAGAUGCACAAAGGGACCAUGGGCGUGAACGAGAAGAUCCAUUUCUCGGUCCACGACGCUUGCUACUGGCUGGACAGGCUCAGCGAGGAGGGCCGCAUUCAAUUCCGGCGGGACCUCGAAGAGUACGGUUAUGUGUCGCGGCCGCUCACCGACCUGCACCCAGAAAUGCUCGUGGUCCUGCCGCCGCCGUCCAGACAGUAUGAGGGCGCCGGAGAGGGUAAAAACAGCGAGUUCGACGCCGUAGGGGCGCCACGGCCUUCCGAGCUCAAGACCUGGGACGACCUCACGGCCAACGCGGCGCCAGAGCCCGACCCCGCCGUGUACAACUUCUUCGGCGCGCUGUCCUACCGCCUCGGAUAUACUUGCGCCGUUCUCGAGAAGCGGUUGGCAAACGCCCAGGCGCUCGGGCCAGCCAACAUGCCCAAGGCGCUGGCGGAUUGGGAGGACACGGUGGACAGCUGGCGUGAGGUGACGGGUUACCCGCCGACGCUCGCCUCGGUCUGCGCCAAGGCCGAGGACGGCAAAGCCGGGGCGGCAAGGCUGGACGACGCCGCGGCGCUCAAGCGGGUGCGGGCCAAGGUGCUCGAGGAGGCGGAGCGCAGCGCCAACACGCUGUACCCGACGCGGUGGCUACAGGCGACGGCGGCGGACGGCAGCAACGUGUCGGUAGCUAUCCGCGAGCCGCUGUGGGACUGGGGCCAGCCCGAGAUCCGCGGGCAGGCGCGGCGUUACUUCUCGCUCGACCGCUUCCCGCUGGAGCUGCAGACGCCGGAGCGCCAGGCCAAGAUCCGGAGCGGCCUCGAAGUGGACGAGGAGCUGCUCUGGGACCCCUGCGCGGCGGACCCGGCCGGGCCCGAGUGGCUCAUGCGCAAGGCCGUGCGAUUCGGCCAGAGCAAGGAGGUGUACAAGCGCGGGCCGGCCAUCUUCUACGGCGACACGGUCCUCCAGAAGGAGGCCAUCGUCUCGCACAUCAACAACACACUGGCGACUGCCCUCGGUGUCCCCGAACCAGCACCACAGAGAAAGGGUCUCUUUUCGAGGCUGUCUGGACUGGUGCCGUUCCCGGGCAUCUCGUCGCGGCCACCCACACCGACGGGCCCGCACGGGGCGACACUCCUCUCGCCUGUCGACCCUUCGUUGGUUCCGGGCAGCUCGAGAGGAAUGGAUGUAGACCCCUAGGCACCGAAAGGGAGUAUACAGAUAGCAAUGAUGUGUAUGUAGGUGUGGAUCUCAGUGUUAGCACUGGGUAGUAUCAGUCGCCGUAUUGUCAGCAAGACCGGAGUAGCAGGGAGGCAGGGAUGGGAGUCAAGGGAUGUUGAUGGGAAUGACAGAUGAAGGAAGUGGGAAGUUGGAUUUGGUCGGUAGUUAUAGGCCAUGCUAUUUGAGUUAGGGUUUCAAUUGUGCGCA